GUCAGCACGAUGAUGAGUUAACACGAUUGGUGACCAAUCGUGCUGGGAUCUUGGGUGGCAUAAUGGGCCUCAUUUUCCUUUAAUAGGAGGCCGAAGGUCUACAGGUUGGCCACGUCUGAGCGUUGACGGUGUAAUAAGUUGUCCGCCAUUCGACCAAGCAAUUUUUCGUUCAGUAUUAGGACGCUUAAAAGAUAAAAAACUCGGAGUUGUCCUUCUGUCCAUCUGCUCGAGAUCUGUCCUAUUGUAUCAACCACCCCCAAAUCUCCCACCCAGAAUCUACCAACAUUGAAUUGACAGUUCGUGGCAAAUGUGUCCCAAUCCCUUUUCCCAUAUCCCAAACUUCCCUAACCUGAAAAUAAGAUCAACCAAAAUGUCUUCAUCUACGGGUAUCGAUCUCAACAACAUCCAAGGCGAUAUUCUGUCUGGACUCCCCAAGAAAGCUGAAGCAUUCUUUUUCUUCGAGAUAGACAAGAAUGUUGCUGCAUUCCGUGCCCGUCUCCACAAAGUCGUCCCCCUGAUCGCAUCAGACAAGUCCGUUGCCUCCGGGCGAGAGAAGAUAGCAGCCCAUAGAAAGAAGCAAUCAGGCUUCCUGUCUCUUGCUUUCGCGAACAUCUCCUUCUCCUCGAAGGGUCUCCAAAAGCUCGGAAUAAAUGCAGCCGAGGCCAAGGAUGACGGCUUCACAGCCGGUAUGCUGCCUGAUGCGAAGGAACUUGGCGAUGCCGGCACGGGAGUCGACGGCAAGCCUUUCGAUCCCAAGUGGAUCCCCGAGUUCAAGAAGGGGACCAUCGACGGUGUCAUCGUGGUCGCUGGAGACUGCGAGCAAAGCAUCAACAAGAAGCUGGAUGAAAUUCUUCACGUUUUCCAGAAGACUGUCCACAAGGUCAUCAACAUAUCCGGACACAGCCGUCCUGGCAAGGAGAGUGGCCAUGAACACUUCGGCUUCCUAGAUGGUGUCUCUAACCCAGCCGUGGCUGGAAUCAGCGAGGACCUCUCGACACAGGGGCCCGUCAAACCAGGAGUCAUCCUCCUUGGCCGCGACGGCGACGCACAGGCAGCGGACCGCCCAGGCUGGGCCAAGGAUGGCAGCUUUCUGGCCUUCCGCUUGCUGCAACAGCUCGUGCCCGAGUUCGAUAGAUUCCUGGAGCUGAACGCCCCCCAGGUCAACGACCCCGCCGUGGACACCGCCGAGCUCCUCGGUGCCCGCUUCACCGGCCGCUGGAAGUCCGGUGCUCCUAUCCAGGUGACACCUGUCGAGGACGACCCAGAGCUGGCUGCAGACAAGACCAGGAACAACGUCUUCACGUUCGAUCAGGGCAACCAGGAUAAGUGCCCCUUCGCGGCCCAUGUUCGCAAAAUGAAUCCGCGGGGUGACAUCCCCAUCGAUGCUAUCAACCAGCAUAAAGUUAUGCGACGAGGGAUCCAGUACGGGCCCGAGGUCGAUGACCAGGAGAAGCAGCAGCACAAGACACAAAAGGACAGGGGCCUGCUGUUUGUCAGCUACCAGAGCAGCCUCGGCAAUGGAUUCCAGUUCCUCCAGAAGGCCUGGGCCAACCGCCCCAACUUCCCGCCCAACGCCCCUACCGGACAAACACCCGGGCUUGACCCUCUGAUCGGCCAGGUAGAUACUUCUGUCCACAAUGAGGGUCCCAGGAGCAUGACUGGCGCAAACCCGACGAAUGUUUCCGCUUCGAUGGACCUGGGCUUCCAGGUGUGGGUCGUGCCGAAGGGUGGUGAGUACUUCUUCUCGCCUUCGAUCUCUGUCCUCCGGGACACGUUUGCCAAGAAGGGCGAGGACCAGUUGUGAACAAGCGCCACGAACACGACGGAAGCUUUCAUUGGAAGUUGCUUAAAGGGCUCGCAGAGAUUGUUUAGACUUCUGAUGUAGAUCAAAUGCCCCAUACCAAAUCUCACUGAAUUUUGAAG